GCAGUUAUUCGGUCCCUCUUCUCGAUCGCGCCGCCGAUAUUUUACACGUGUUGUCGUUGUUUAUAAGCAACACCACAACACUAAAAAUUGCGAAAAAGGACUAUAAAAAUUAAAAAAUAUAUUUAAAAAAUCACAAAAAAAUCUGAAAAAUCAUUUAAAAAUACCAAAAAGACGCGAAACGGUAGGUUUUAGUCAAGCAAAGUGACAGCUUGAGAAAACGAAGAAACACGAUCGCCAUAUUGUUGAGCAAUCACGAUAUUUCUAAGUAAAUUUUAAACCGUACGAAACAAAAGAAUCGAAGAUGCAGAACGCAGGAGGACCCCAGAGCUACCCCAUGGCCUCCCUCUACGUGGGAGACCUCCACCCAGACGUUACAGAAGCCAUGUUGUUCGAGAAGUUCUCUACCGCCGGACCUGUCCUGUCAAUCCGAGUCUGCAGGGAUAUGAUUACACGACGAUCCCUUGGAUAUGCCUAUGUCAACUUCCAACAGCCUGCUGAUGCUGAAAGAGCUCUCGACACCAUGAACUUCGAUACAAUUAAAGGCCGUCCCAUCAGAAUUAUGUGGUCACAGCGCGACCCCUCACUGAGAAAAUCCGGUGUUGGCAAUGUGUUCAUCAAGAAUCUGGACAAGGGAAUUGACAACAAGGCCCUUUAUGACACUUUCUCUGCCUUCGGAAACAUUUUGUCUUGCAAGAUUGUUUCUGAUGAGCACGGAUCUCGUGGUUAUGGCUUUGUCCAUUUUGAGACCGAAGAAGCGGCUAGAAACGCCAUAGAGAAAGUCAACGGCAUGUUGCUAAACCAGAAGAAAGUGUUUGUGGGUCGAUUUAUGAACCGACGUGAGCGCUUGGAACAAAUGGGUGACAAAAUGAAGAAGUUCAACAACGUGUACAUCAAGAACUUCAGUGAGGACAUUGACGAUGAAGGACUAAAGACUUGGUUCGAGCCUUACGGCAAAAUCAUCAGUGCCAAGGUAAUGAUUGGUUAUGAUGGAAAGAGACGCGGAUUUGGAUUUGUCAGCUAUGAGGAGCCUGAAGCUGCAGAGAGGGCAGUCACUGAGAUGAACAAUAAAGACUUGACGGAGGGUAAAAUCCUGUAUGUUGGUCGAGCACAAAAGCGUGCAGAACGACAGGCAGAGCUCAAGGACAAGUUUGAUCGACUUAAACAGGAGCGCAUGAACCGAUACCAGGGAGUGAACCUGUACGUAAAGAACCUGGACGAUACCAUCGAUGAUGAGAGGCUGAGGAAGGAAUUCUCACAGUUUGGAACCAUUACCAGUGCUAGGGUGAUGUCCGAGGGUGGCCGUUCAAAGGGGUUCGGUUUUGUUUGCUUCAGCUCGCCAGAGGAGGCAACAAAGGCUGUUACAGAGAUGAAUGGGCGUAUCAUUGUUGCCAAACCCCUGUAUGUGGCUCUUGCCCAGCGUAAGGAGGAUCGUAAAGCUCACCUUGCUUCACAGUACAUGCAGCGCCUUGCCAGUAUGAGGAUGCAGACUCAGCAGAUGGGCCAGGUGUUCCAGCCAGGUGGUGGGGCAGGCUACUUCAUGCCCACAAUGAACCCUGGGGCAGCCCGGGGCAACUUCUUCACCCCUCAACAGAUCCCACAGAUGAGAGCAGGACCUCGCUGGCAGACAGUCAGGCCAUCCGGACAGCCAGGAGGAUCCACAUUCCAGCCGAUGACUGGAGGAGCCAGCAUGAGACAACCCCGCCCGACAGCAGCUGCAGGAGGUGCCAACCAAGCAAAUGCCCCAGGAUCCCAGCAGAAUGUGCGCCCAUCCUCUAUGAAUGCCCGCCCGAUCAUCGGGCAGUCGACAGCCCAGGCACGCCCCGGUAUGACGAUGCCUCAGUCCAGUAUGCCCGGCAGACCUCAACAACAGGGAGGUCCCACCAUGCCCCAGGCACGCCCAACCUACAGGCCACAAGAGCAACCAAGCCAGGCCAUUGUGGUCCCAGGCCAGGACGCUCUGACAGCCUCCAUGUUGGCUGCUGCCCCACCCCAGGAGCAGAAGCAGAUGUUGGGCGAGCGUCUUUUCCCUCUCAUCUCCCGGAUGUACCCAGAUCUCGCGGGUAAAAUCACUGGCAUGCUGCUUGAGAUUGACAACUCUGAGCUGCUCCACAUGCUCGAGUCGGUCACAUCUCUGAAGGCCAAGGUUGAGGAAGCAGUGGCCGUGUUGCAGGCCCACCAGGCCAAGGAAGCUGCUGCCACCCAAGCUGCUGCCAACUCCGGCUCAAUCAAGAAGGAGUAGACACGCGUGGACGUACGGUACAUAGCAGCCGUGUUACACCAAGGCUGAACUCCACAGAACAUCUUCACAGAAUAUGUUUCAUUUUAAAGACUGUUCUUGUUAAAAUUGAAGCCAUUUUAUUUUGAAGUUAAAGAAAAAAUGUAUGAUAACUGUUUUAUUCUGAUUAUUGUUGAGGAAUCUUGUGAGGAAAGCUAAAAAUGCUGUAAAUACCAUUUAAAUAUGUCAUUAGUUUAAACUGCUUAAACAUCAAGAAAUUUGUUUGAGAAUGAUAACGUGAUUGUUUGGGUUAUAAGAAAAUAUGAUCCAUUGUAUUUUUUGCUUGUGCUAUAUGAACAUAAGUAAUAAUUAAUGACUGUAGAAUGAUGACUUUGCUGGUUUUGUACGAAUUGUUACAAGAGAUUGAACGUGUUCGUCAUAUUACCAUUGUUCAUAUAGCUAACUGCCAUUCGCGAUCUAUUAUGUAUAUUAGAAAAAAAGCGUGUGAAUAUUUUUGAACAAUUAUCUUUACCUCAUAAAAAAGGCUGAAAAACACAUUUUUCUACCAAAGGUAAAUGUUCAAAAAUAAGCAACCAAAAAAAUCCAAGCUCGUAACAUGUAUAAACUAAGUUUUGUAUUGAUUUCUUUCCCUUUUAUAUAUAAAAUGUGAAAAAAAUACACUAAAAAAAUUGAAAAACCAUGUACAAUGUAUGAUAAUAAAAAUACCUUGUUACGUAACUGUAUAUGACUGUAGUGAAGCUGUAGGUGUUAUAUUUUAACAGUUGUGUUAUGUUGAUGUUCAAGUAAGCUAACUUAAGAACUUGAGAAGAGGGGACAAGCUUGAUUAGGCUAUAUCUGGAAGAUAUUUGUUUUUGGGAAAGUGAUCUUUACAAGACAUUUUGUUUUUAACAUGCAUUUCAGUUCUGAAAAUGUUUCCUUCAUUCAUUUUCUUGCAAAUAAACAUUUGGGUUAGAAUAGAAA